AAGUGGUAUUUCCCGGUGUCUCGGAUUACAGUCUCACCGCCUCCGUCCGGCGAUUGUCACUGACGCUUCGUGUCUCUGUACUUAUUGAGGGUUUUGUUUGUUUAACGUCGCAGCUGCGCUCGCCGUUAAUGGUUCCGGCCGUUUUUUUUUUUUUUUUUUUCCUGUCUUCGACUGCGCCGAGUGUGUUUCAUAAGUGUGUUUUCUCCAUCUGCUCUGUUCGCGUCCUGCUGCUAUUCGCUGCGAGCGGCGGUGCGCAUUGUGAUUGUCAGUGUGUCGGGUGGCUCCGACUGCCGUUGAUCCACGGAGAAAAAUCUGGCAUUUCGUGCAAGAUCAUGUGGCUUUUAAACAAAUUCUAGCUAGUUUUGUGUUUUUUGAACGUCGUAGCGGUCGGAUACUCACAGUCACUCAGUGUCGUUAAUAAUAAUAAUCAUACCACCAGAGAACAAAAGGACGAUAUAUAUAAUUACACGGUACCACAAUCCAGACCAGAGCUGCUGUGUCCUAAUCUGUUUUCGGUGAAUCCCAUGUAAAGAUGGAAGAAAAUUUUUACUCAGCUCUGACGGUCCCUACGGACUAUCUUCAACACUGGUACCAGUCCAACCAGCAUGUGCAGGCACUCCAGGCCACUCAGUACCAGCAGAUGCCCAGCAUGGCUCAUUUUAUGGAGGGCUCCUUGGAGGACAGGGUGAUGACGGAAUUGGCUGUCCACCAGGACUCCCCCGCCCAUCGAGAACCCUCUUUCGGCUCUGAGCUCCCGGUCUACCAGGAGUCCGCUUUCAGCUGCGAGCCCGCUGCCCACAAUCAACCUUCUUUCAGCUGCGAGCCUCCUCUGCACCAAGAGUCCCCAGUCUACCAGGAGCCUACAGUUGCCGUCUCAGUGCAAACUCCCACGAAAGGAAAGAGAGGAAGGCCUCCCAAUAAGCCCAAAGACAGCAACCAAGAAGAGGUUGAGGAGGGUUUAAAAAAGGUCAAGAGAAAAGUGGACCGCUUCAAUGGCAUGUCAGUGGAUGAAGUCAUGGCCAAAACCCUUCCUGAUGUUCUUGCCUAUAACCUGGACAUUUUGAUUAUUGGAAUUAACCCCGGACUGAUGUCAGCCUAUAUAGGACAUCAUUACCCAAAUCCAGGAAACCAUUUUUGGAAGUGCCUCUUCAUGGCAGGAUUAACAGAUGAACAGCUCAAUUACAUGCAUGACCAGAUUCUGCCUGAGAAAUACGGUAUAGGAUUCACAAACAUGGUGGAAAGGACCACACCAGGAAGUAAAGAUCUGUCAAGCAAGGAAUUUCGAGAAGGAGGAAGGCUUUUGGUAGAAAAGCUGAAGAAAUACAGACCAUUAAUAGCUGUAUUCAAUGGAAAAUGUAUUUAUGAGAUAUUCAGCAAAGAGGUCUUUGGAAUUAAGACAAAGACCCUUGAGUUUGGAUUACAGCCUCACAAGGUGCCAGGGACAGACACUGUGUGCUACCUGAUGCCCUCCUCGAGUGCUCGCUGUGCCCAGUUCCCACGUGCCCAGGAUAAAGUGCACUUCUACAUCAAGCUGAAGGAGCUACGGAACCAGCUAAGAGGCGUGGUUCGGAACCCAGAUGUUCUGGAGACAAAGUACACAUUUGACCUCAACUUAGCCAAAGAGGAUGCAAAGAGAAUGGCAAUCAAGGAGGAACAGUAUGACCCGGGUUACGAGGAUUUCUCUGGAGCGUAUGGAGAAUUAGGACCUGGAGCUGGGCAAAGCAAAAGCCGUGCUUGUAAUGGAAUUGCACCCUCAGCAGUUAUGGGCCAAAAUAUGGAGGGUCAGUGGAAUAUGCAGCCAAAUCAGAUACGAGCUCAACAACAUCAGUAGUGUAAUGUUCCACAAGCUGCCCCUUUCACUGCCCUGUACCAGUGUAACUGUCUGUCUGCCCACAGCCCCACCUGGACAGCCACUGACGAUGGAUUCCCGUUUUUGCAAUCCUUCCUGAACUUGAACGCACAAACAAGUAGAGCAGGGGCAAUGUUUCAAACUCAGCUGCAGUUUGAGGGAACAAAAAAAAAAAAAAAUCAAGUAGGACACUAUUUAAAGAUGCUGGAAGAUAUUUAUUUCCAUUUUUAAUGAGUAGUUAAUGUAAUUCAUAUCUCAAAAUAAUUUACAGGAAUGUUUUGUAUUAUGCUGCAAUUCAAUGGCAUGGUUUUACUUUUGGAGAUGUAACAGUUCUGGACAUUUAUUUUUUUACUUAUUUUCACAGCUACAUUAAAUCAGGGAUUCACAAAGAAACUUGAUGAUCUGAAGGAAAACUCCCUCUAAUUCCUUUUUCGAAUAGCGUCACUUUUGUUACAUGUUGUAAGUUUAUGCUGUGUUUGGUAGGGCGUUGAAUGCUUCAGUGAGGAAAACAACCUGCAUGUUCUUCUGGUGAUGCUGCACGUGCUACUGGCGCACAGUGAGAGCAAACAUGUCUGUUAGCGACCAAGAGUAACUUUGUCAUCACUGUGAAAUGCCAAGGACAGCAAAGUGCGUGUUAAAUAUUGUUACUCUUUGUUUUCACGAUGUAUAAAAAAAACUGGGGAAAAUGGUAUUUCCUUUUCUGUUUUCAAUGAAGAUAGGAAAUUUUUUUUUUUUUUUUGUUUCUGUUUUGUUCCAUCGUCCAUCACACCAUGUUUUUAUGAGCUCCAAAAUUUGAAAUUGCCUCAUGUUGGCACAGUAUUUGCAUAUUUUAUAUGGGUGAAAUGGUACGACAAAAUCACAUUUAUUAAAUGUACUUACGAAUUGAAGUGUAUGUACCGGUACUGUACAGCUGUUAAAUUGGUAUUGAGGUGCAUGUGCUUGUUACUCUGUGAUGUUUUAACUUUACAGUAAUUACCGUGGUAGAAAUUGCACAGACCUGUGCAGUCGGCCUUAACACUUUUGCAAUCUGUUUGUGUCCUUUAAUGCAAUGUUUUUUUUGUUUUGUUUUGUUUUUACUGAAAAUACAGUUGUUAUAAAGGCUGUAUGUUGGUUAACUUGUAAGUGUGGUUAAAUUAUUUCAAAUAAACAUUUAGUCCCAAAUUUGUCUCUUACAC